CCCCUCUCCCCCCACGCGGCCACCCCUUGAAAAACCCCUCUCCAUCCCCUCUUCUCCUCUCCACGGCCCGCUCAAAGCCCCUCUCCUCUCGCGUUCACAGAUCCUUCAAUCCUCCCGAAACCCUGACCCUAACCCCAGCGAGCAAUCGAAGACGAGAAAUGGCCCAGAGAGAGAAGGAGCUCCAGGUCCCGGAGACCCUCACCCUCUGCGUCAACAACUGCGGCUUCUACGGCAACCCCGCCACCAACAACAUGUGCCAAGCCUGCUUCCAGGCUGCCGGAUUCGCCUCCCCCUCGCCGCCCUCCCGCUCCAGCCACGAGAAAGCUAGCUCCGCCCCGGCUCGGUCGCUGGAUCCGGCGGCGGAAGCAGGGAGGGAAGGUGCGGAGGGGCCGGCGGGCAAGGCUGAUGCUGCCGCCGCGGUGGUGUCGCCGGCGAGGCGGGUGAGCCGGUGCGCGGGUUGCCGGAAGAGGGUGGGGCUUACGGGGUUCCGGUGCCGGUGCGGUAAGCUGUUCUGCGCGCAGCACCGGUACUCGGACCGCCACGACUGCAGCUUCGACUACAAGGCAGCCGGCCGGGAAGCCAUCGCCCGGGAGAACCCUGUCGUCCGAGCCGCCAAGAUCGUCAAGAUUUGAGGUGCUGAUGUGGGGAAGAAAAUUCCCCCUUUUAUUAUACCUUCUUCUUCGGUCAGAUCUCUUCUAUUUGGUAAAAAUGGUGUCAUGGGGAAAUCUCCGAUAUCGGAGAGACAAAGCCUGUUCCUUUUUUUUUUAAUCAAAUAUAUACAGAUUAAAAAGAAAAAAACUCAUCUGGAUCUUGGAUU